AUGCGGUCGACACUUAGCGAACCUCCUGCUUUUAUAUAUGGAACGCACCCACAUCGUCUUUCUACGCGGAAAAAGCCCCGAAGAUGGCCUCUUGUCUUCCGCUUCAUUAAAGGUGCCAUACAUGGCGCUAUUCUCCUGCCCGUGUGUCUGCAUGCGAUAUUUACAGCGUUCGUCGUCUGGUUAGAUCAAUAUGUUUUUGAUACAGUGGGGUUGCCGAGUAGUAUUAUCCCAUCACUUUCCAUCGUUGUCGGCCUUAUGCUUGUCUUCCGCAACCAAACCUCAUACAACCGCUUCUGGGAUGGCCGGAACAGUAUGAACAACCUCACCACCUGCAUCCGCAAUCUAGUCCGGAUCAUUAUCACGAACAGCUAUAACGGCGGCAACUCGCAAAUCGCGAGACCCCUCACCGCAGCCGAAAAGCAAGACAUCGAACGCACCAUUCGCAUCCUCAUGGCCAUUCCAUACGCGGUCAAGAACCAUCUUCGUGCUGAAUGGGGUGCUGCAUGGGCGACACCGUCUUUGGGUGACGAUGUCGACAAGAGCGGUACAACGGUGUAUAACCCGGUUUAUGCGGGUUUGUUACCGGAGGGACUCCAAGGACAUGAAGAUGAAGGCCUCGGGCUUCCAUACCAAUUGGCCUUUUUUGUGGAUGGGUUUAUCAAACGCGGUGUGGAUAGGGGAUGGUUCCAUGCACCGGGAGCUAGUCAGAUGCAGGCGCAAUUGAACACCCUACUGGAUGCGUACGGAAAGAUGGAGACAAUCAGGUUGACACCAAUUCCGGUGGCAUAUCUGAUCCACACGAAACAAGUCCUCGCCCUCUUCGGCUGCGUCCUCCCCUUCGCCAUGGUCGACGACAUGGACUGGUGGGCCAUCCCCAUCGUCAGCUUGGUCAUCUUCACACUCUAUGGCAUCGAAGGUAUCGGUUUGCAACUCGAGGAUCCCUUCGGAUACGACCGGAACGAUAUCAAGAUGGAUGCAAUUGUCGGGGAUGCGAAGACAGAGCUUGACGUUGUCUUGGAUGAGUGGAGGAGACUUGUUGGGUCAAUCGAGGGUAUUGGUAGCGCGGGCGAAGAAGGCUUUGUGCCGUCCGAGUUGUUCUUGAAGAGGGCUUGA